AUGAACUCCCCGUAUCUAAACAGCGGCGGCGGUCCGUCGGUUGCGUGGAGGAGCUCUUCCAUCGUCUCCGUCCAGCUAGGGUUUUGCUUCUCCAACAAUUUCAACGGAGUUUUCGUUCCUCCACCUCCUCCCUCUAUACACUACAUCUCCCGCCGGAAUUUGCGAGUUUCAUGCUCCUCCCCAUCUUCUUCCACUGAUCCGCUCUUGGUUAAGGCCGCGAGAGGUGAGGCCGUUGUUCGGCCUCCGGCGUGGAUGAUGCGCCAAGCGGGAAGGUACAUGGCUGUUUACAGAAAGCUAGCCGAGAAAUACCCGUCCUUCAGGGAGAGGUCGGAGACAACUGAACUCAUUGUGGAAAUUUCUUUGCAGCCCUGGGAAGCUUUCCGCCCAGACGGUGUCAUUAUUUUCUCUGACAUACUUACGCCGCUGCCGGCAUUUGGUGUGUCAUUUGACAUAGAAGACGUGAGGGGUCCAGUGAUUCAGUCUCCGAUUCGCUCGGAGGAGCAUUUGAAGACCUUGCAUCCCAUUGAACUGGAGAAGCUACAAUUCGUGGGGGACUCGCUUAGGUUACUUCGCAACGAGGUUGAAGGGCAAGCAGCUGUUCUUGGUUUCGUGGGAUCGCCUUGGACGAUUGGUACGUAUAUAGUAGAAGGGGGUACGACUCGCACGUAUACAGCGAUAAAGAGCAUGUGCCAUACAGCACCACAUGUACUGAGGGCUCUCCUCGCUCAUUUGGCGAAGGCAAUAGCUGAUUAUGCUGUUUAUCAAGUGGAGUCCGGGGCUCAUUGCAUUCAGAUAUUUGAUUCUUGGGGCGGACAACUAUCUCCCGCUAUGUGGGAGAUCUGGUCAAAACCUUAUAUCAUAGAGAUAGUCAGUACAGUCAAGAGCAAAUGUCCUGGCACACCCCUCGUUCUGUACAUUAAUGGAAAUGGUGGCCUGCUCGAACGUAUGAAAGAUACCGGAGUUGAUGUGAUUGGACUUGACUGGACUGUGGAUAUGGCAGAUGGUAGGAAGCGUUUGGGACAUGAAAUCAGUGUACAAGGAAACGUCGACCCUGCUUACUUGUUUUUGCCGCUCCCUGCCAUCACUGAUGAAAUUCACAGAGUGGUGAACUGCGCUGGACCAAGAGGGCACAUUCUGAACCUGGGACAUGGCGUUCUUGUUGGAACGCCUGAAGAAGCCGUCGCACACUUCUUCGAUGUUACUAAAAGCCUGAACUUUGCCGCGCCUGUACAGGAUCACCUUGUGGCUGCAGCGACCUAG